AAAAUGGCUUUAAGAAAUGCCUCUUCAGUGAAAGAAUUUAUCCUGCUGGGCUUGACACAGCAGCCAGGGCUCCAGCUGCCCCUGUUCUUCUUGUUCCUGGGAAUCUAUGUGGUCUCCAUGGUGGGGAACCUGGGCUUGAUUGUUCUGAUUAUGUUGAAUCCUCACCUGCACACCCCCAUGUACUAUUUCCUCUUCAACCUUUCCUUCACAGAUCUCUGCUACUCCUCUGUCAUAACACCCAGAAUGCUGGUGGGUUUUGUGAAGCAGAACAUCAUCUCUCAUGCUGAGUGCUUGACUCAGUUUUUUUUCUUUGCCUUCUUUGUUAUUGAUGAAUGUUACAUUUUGACAGCAAUGGCCUAUGACAGAUAUGCUGCCAUCUGUAAGCCCCUGCUUUACCAGGUCACCAUGUCUCAUCAGGUCUGCCUAUUGAUGACUGUGGGUGUGUAUGUGAUGGGUUUUACCUGUGCCUUGUCCCACAUACUUUGCUUACUGAGACUCACCUUCUGUGAUGGCAACAUCAUCAAUCACUAUGUUUGUGAUGUACCUCCUCUCCUUAAACUCUCCUGCACAAAUACCUCCAUCAAUGAGCUUGUAGUUUAUAUUGUUGUUGGUGUUAAUGUGAUAGUGCCCAGCCUGACUCUUUUCGUUUCUUAUACCUUAAUCCUUUCCAACAUCCUCCGCAUCCAUUCUGCAGAAGGUAGGUCAAAAGCCUUCAGUACGUGUGGCUCCCAUGUAAUAGCUGUUUCUUUUUUCUUUGGAGCUGCAGCCUUCAUGUAUCUUAGGCCUUCUAGUGCAUCUGUGGAUAAAGAUAAAAUAUUUACCAUCUUUUAUACGAUUUUGGGUCCAAUGCUNAAUCCUUUCAUCUACAGUAUAAGGAAUAAGGAUGUCCAUCUUGCACUGAGAAAAACAUUGAUGAAAUGGAGAUUUACCUAA